UGGUUUUUACAAGCAUUGAAUUGAAGCAUUGUCUGAUUUAAUUUUGAACGUGCAUCUCAUUUUCAAUUAAAUUAAUUUCAUCUAUUUAAGUAUUCUAUUUUUAUUGUCUUUUCAUAAUUUUUCGUUAAAGAAUUAUUUUAGACUUGCAUCGCUAUGUUUGGAAUGGAAGCACCCCGAAUUCUUGUUCUAAGUCAGGGCACCAAGAGAGAAUCUGGUCGUAAGGUUCAACUUGAAAAUGUCCGAGCUGCUAAGGCUAUCGCUGAUGUGAUCAGGACAUGCUUAGGUCCGAAAUCUAUGCUUAAGAUGCUCAUGAAUCCCAUGGGUUCUAUUGUUAUGACUAAUGACGGUAAUGCUAUCUUAAGAGAAAUUACAGUUCAACACCCUGCUGCUAAGACCAUGAUUGAAAUUAGUCGAACUCAAGAUGAGGAAGUUGGAGAUGGUACUACCUCUGUGAUAAUUCUGGCUGGAGAAUUUAUGGCUGUAGCUCAGCCAUUUUUGGAGCGAAAUAUGCACCCAACUGUCAUUAUCAGUGCUUACAGACAAGCUUUAGAUGAUAUGACUGAAUUCCUUAAAAAGGAUGUCGCUUUACCAAUAGAUCUCAAUAAUGAACAGCAGAUUUUACAAGUUAUUCAAUGCUGUAUCGGAACGAAAAUUCUUGGUAAAACUGGUGAAUUUGCUUGUAGAUUAGCCUUAGAUGCGGUAAAGACAGUUUAUAUUGAUGAUAAUGGACGAAAAGAAAUUGACAUAAAACGUUAUGCCAAAAUUGAAAAGGUCCCCGGCGGUGUUUUGGAAGAUUCAAAAGUAUUGAAGGGAGUUAUGUUUAAUAAAGACGUGAUUCACUCCAAAAUGCGAAGACGUAUUGAAAAACCAAGAAUUCUUCUUCUCGACUGUGGGUUGGAAUACAAAAAAGGAGAAAGUCAGACUGACAUUGAAAUGACCAAAGAAAAUGAUUUUACUGCUCUUCUUCAAAUCGAAGAAGAUUAUAUCCAAGCAGUAUGUGCUGAUAUUAUCAAAUUUAAACCAGAUCUUGUAGUAACUGAAAAGGGUGUAUCGGAUUUGGCUCAACAUUUCCUUGCCAAAGCCAAUAUAUCAGUUUUGAGACGUUUAAAGAAAACUGAUAACAACCGUCUUGCACGAGCUUGCGGUGCCACCAUUGUUAACCGUACUGAUGAAAUUAGGGAAGAAGAUAUCGGUUUAAAAGCUGGGCUUUUCGAAGUGCAAAAAAUCGGAGAUGAGUACUUUUCAUUCAUAGUAGAGUGUGAAAAUCCAAAGGCAUGUACAAUUUUAUUACGUGGUCCAAGCAAAGACAUUCUCGGAGAGGUUGAGCGAAACUUACAAGAUGCAAUGUGUGUUGCUAGAAACAUUCUCCUUGAACCUUUCAUCGUGCCUGGUGGUGGUGCCGUUGAAAUGGCAGUUGGAAAGUUAAUGAGUGAUAAGGCUAAAAGUUUUACUGGAGUAACUCAAUCGCCUUAUAGAGCUAUUUCCAGAGCUCUUGAAGUAAUUCCUAGAACACUCAUUCAAAAUUGUGGAGGAAACACAAUCAGAACUCUUACAGAGCUUCGAGCUAAACAUGUUACUGAUGAAUUUAAAACUUGGGGAAUUGAUGGUGACACUGGGGCUAUCGUCGAUAUGAAAACUCUCGAUAUUUGGGAACCUUUGGCUGUUAAAUUGCAAGCUUAUAAAACUGCAAUUGAAACUGCUGUUAUUUUACUUAGAAUUGAUGAUAUUGUCUCAGGUUCCAAGAAACGGGAAACACUAGAAAAGGAAGCAUCAAGCAGAGCUAAUGCUAACGCUAAACCAACUGAGGAAUCACAAAAAGAAGAAUGAUUACAGUUGACUCUUUAACUCGAUGAAUUGGACGUUAAAAUGUCCAUUUAACGUUUUCUCACUUAUACUGUUUGAAUAACUUUUUCUUAUCUCUGUAACCUAAACCUUAAUAAUAACUUUAAAAUUAACGAUAAACAGAUUUCUGAUUAUUUA